UAUCAUUUGUAUGUAUGGGAUGCUAGCGUCGCUUGUGAACGGUAGCUUCUCCAAGACCCUGAUACCAGUAGGACCCUCUCUUAUCAAGGACAAAAGGAAGAAGGAACCUGUGAGCACACAUCCAUGUUUUAUAGCAGAUUCCCGGGGAACCAGUGGACUCCUUCAGAUUGCCAAAUUGCUGGAGAACAAUAGUGUGUGCGGUAUCCCUACAGACACUGUUUAUGCCCUGGCUGCUUCAUGCAAAAACCCAAGUGCAAUCGAGAAGAUCUACAGUAUAAAAGAUCGUCCUGCAGAGAAGCCCAUUUGUAUUUGUAUUUCAAGUGUGGAGCAGCUAGUGGCAGCAAAACCUCCUUUUAGCCCUCUGCUGUGGGAGUUUAUGAAAAACGUCUACCCCGGAGGCAUUAGUUGCAUUGUACCGAAGGGGGAAUGGCUCCUUAAGCUUGGUGUGGGCCCAGCAUACAACCUUGUUGGCACUAAAGAAAGCAUUAUGAUUCGAGUUCCUGACCACACUGUUACUGCUCACCUGUGUGAAUACACCGGCCCGCUGGCCAUUACAUCAGCCAAUCCCAGUGGAGAAACUGACAGUGUUCAUCAUGACAUGGUCAUAAGCCGUCUUGGCCACAAGAUUGAUGGAGUGCUGUGUGAUGGACAAUCUAAUGAGGUGGUGGCUUCAACCGUAGUAAAUUGCCUGAAAAUUGAUGAAGGAACUAUCAGCAUUCUGCGUGAAGGUUGUGUGCCUGCACUGAAGGUCAGGCAGAUAUUUGAACGGGUCAAAAACAAUAUGCUGUAAGAUGAUGACUACACAGAAAUCUACUUCUAAGGAUGUUUCAAUCUGCGCAUGUACAUAAAAAGAAAUGCUGGAACACUGUAAAUAAACUGUAAACUAAAACUGUACUGUUAAAAAAGUCAACUAGCAUCGCACUUUACUAAAUAUUUUUAAUGCAGCAAUGUUAAGCAAGAAGUGAGAAUUAAAGUAGUUACAUACAGUAAGUUGUUGUAAACUGUACAAAACUGUGCUUGUACUGUGCUUUUCAUUUCUUUUGUAUGUUUGCCAGAAGUGAAAAUGUUCUCUUUAAUUUAUUCAUAUUUAUCCAUUCUUUGAUAAUGUUUAUGUUUUUGUUGGUGAAGAAUAAAUAAUUUAUUAAUAACAGUUUUAUAA